AUGAUUGAGGAGCUGAGAGGUACCAGGACGGGUUGCCAUGUUGCUAAUAUAUGCGUUAACAACCUGAGCUAUGCCGAUGAUAUGGUGCUUCUCAGCCCCUCAAGCCAGGGUAUCCAACAAUUGCUUACUAUUUGCGAAACAUUCUCGAAACAGCAUUAUCUAAAAUAUAAUAUUUUAAAAACAGAAAUGCUCGUUUUCCGAUACGGCAAGGGUCCGGAGGUAGUUCCGCCAGUUUAUUUGAAUGGUUCGCCGGUUCGGGUCGUAACAUCUUUCAAGUACUUAGGCCAUUUUCUAACGGAGAACCUUCGCGACGACAUGGACAUGGAGCGAGAGCGCCGUGCGCUCGCGGUCCGCUGUAACAUGCUGUCGCGAAGAUUCUCCAAGUGCACCACGGACGUAAAAACUACUCUAUUUAGGGCAUUCUGCCAGUGCUUUUAUACAUGCUCACUAUGGUGUAACUACACCAAACGCUCAUAUAACGCGCUCAGGGUUCAGUAUAACGAUGCGUUCAGAAUACUCAUGAAACAACCUCGCUACUGCAGUGCUAAGACCAUGUUUGCUGAUGCGGGAGUACCUGAUUUUUAUGCAAUCAUGCGGUCACGCAUAGCUUCGGUCUGGGCAAACGUAUGGCAAAAUUCGCAGCAAAAUGAUAUUCUGGCGCUGUUUACUGUCAACCCGAGCAAUAAGAUCCUAAAGCACUGGACAGCCGUGCACCUGGACGAAAAUGGUAAAUAA